AUGUUGGCUGCGAAUACCAGUGUUUUUGGGUAUUGUCGCCGUAGGAAUGGACGUUAUCAUCCCUACCUCCCCGCAACUCCCCAGUCCCCCCCCCCAACCCUCCCCCCAACCCCCGCCCCAACCUCCGCCCCCAACCUUCCCCCCGCAAACCCCUCCCCUCCCCCACCCUGCGAAAUAUUCCGGAGAACAACGUCCGCGCCUCCCCUCCAUCCCUGCGGAAUUGCGGAGUGCAACAUUUGCAGCAAUGGAUUCGCUGGCGACGUCCCAAGGACCAUCGAGCUCUUCGUCACGGGCAGAAUCUGCCUUUUCGGGGAGCACAGUGACUGGGCUGGAGGCUACCGGCGCUUCAACUCAGAGGUUGUGCCGGGCUGCGCCCUGGUCUGUGGAACGGACCAAGGACUGUAUGCCCGUGCUCGCCGCCUGCUCGGCGAGGGCAGUCGGCGGCUGCUGUAUCGGUCUUUUGACGGCAGCAGCAUCCAGCUUGACUUAGAUGAUGAGAUGGCAUUGCGUGAAACAGCGCAAUCCCCAUCGACUUUCGCUUACAUAGCAGGCUGUGUCCUGGAAUUGGGCAAGCAUUUUCGAGUCGGUGGCGCGGAGAUUGUCAAUUUCAAGUCGGACCUUCCGAUCAAGAAGGGCCUUUCAUCUUCGGCCGCCAUCUGCGUCCUCAUUGUGCGGGCGCUCAACCAGCUGUACGAUUUGAAGCUGACUGUGCAUGGGGAGAUGGACAUUGCUUACCGCGGCGAGAUCAAUACGCCGUCACGGUGUGGCCGCCUGGAUCAAUGUGUCGCGUUCGGUCGCAGAGUGACAAAGAUGAUCUUUGAUUCCGACCUGCUGUCAACUGAGUCAGUACGUGCCGCCAGCACCAUUUACAUGGUAGUGGUUGACCUCUGCGCAAAGAAGGACACCAAGGAGAUCUUGAAGUGCCUCAAUGAGGCAUACCCUUUUCCUCGGGGCGACUCGGACAGGGCAUUGCAUGCCCUCCUUGGCGAGAUCAACCAACGUGUCUGCCAAGAUGCACAGCAGAUCCUCGCUGAGGAGAAGGAUGGGCGCGUGGCAGCAGAAAAGCUUGGCGAGGCCAUGACGAAGGCCCAGGAGCGAUGGGAUGAGAUCGCCGUACCACUCUGCCCGCACGAGCUGACGGCACCCAGCCUGCAUCGGCUACUGACACACCCGUCGCUGAAGAAGCACGUCACUGGCGGCAAGGGUGUGGGCUCCCAGGGCGAUGGCUCUGCGCAGCUGGUUUGUCGCUCGGAGGCCGACCAGGAGGAAGUCGUGAAGAUCGUAAAGUCUUUGAGCAUGGAGCCUCUGAAGCUCACCAUCCCGGAGCAGAAGGCUGUCCGCACGGCCAUUGUUCCCAUUGCAGGUGCCUGCCCUGGUAUUUGGCCUGCUUCGAAGUGCCUGGGGCCGUGGCUCUUUCCUGUGCGCAGCCGGGGCCUGGUAAAACCGGCCAUUGCAUGGCUGUGCGAGGAGAUGUCUGCAGCGGGAAUUGAAAAGAUCCUUUUGGUGGUGAAUCACACAACCGAAGUGGAGAUGACAAAGCUCUUCAAGCAGCGAGAGGAGGUGUCUGUGCUGAAUGGAGUUGGCAUGCAUAUGGAGGACUAUGAUGAGGUGCUCUUGUCGAUAGGAAAGAAGAUCGCCUUUGUGCGGCAGGAUAAGCCCUCCAGCAUCCGCGACGCGCUGCUGCUCUGCGAACGCGAGGUUGCAGGGGAGCCCUUUCUCCUGGCUUGGGGUGACCAUUUCAGUCGGUCAACAUCGCCAGAGAAUCGGAGCGUGGUGGCGCAGCUUCUAGAGUCCUUCAACGGACGGCCUUUGGCUGCGAUGCAUUGUGUCGACAAAGAUUCGCUCCAUCAGACCGGGGUCUAUAGCUGCAAGGAGCCGCCGUCGCCUCUACCCCCACCACUGGGCCCCAGCGUGCCGGGAGUUGCCAAGGCCAAGGCACUCUGGCCGUUGGCUCGCUUAGCCGAAAAACCGACCAGGGAGUUCGCAGAAGAGCACUUGGUGACACCGGUGCUGCCUGAAGGCCUUUUCCUGACCUCGUUCGGGCAGUACAUUUUGACUCCCAGCAUCUUUCGAGCUCUGCGAUCCUCAAAGGCCGGACACUUCACACAGGCCUUGGACCAACUUCGACAGUCCGAAGGCAUGUUUGGAGUCCUCAUUGAGGGCAUGCGCUGGGAUCUGGGUGCCUGGCCUGCAGACAGGAUGAUGCGGAACCUCCUGCGAAGCGCAGCAAGCAGACAGCCAGCUGACCGAGAGCUAACACGGCAUGUUGCUCAAGUCGCGGUGCCUUUCUGCCUCGCGCGGUUCACGGAGGGAGAGGGAAAGAUCAGCGGAGCCUUGACCUUGAUGAGAGACUUCCGCUUCCUCUUCGAUGAGGUGGUACUUCGUGGCCCCGGGCCGCUCUCUGUAGUUCGACUACCAGACCAAGAGCGAGGUCCGGCCAAGGUCGUGGAUAUGGAGCCGGAGGUCCUUUUCCCUUCGCACUUGCCUGGCAUGGUGGUUGUCCGUCCUGACGUCAGUCUGGAGAUGGGCCUAGACCUCAUCCUCUGCCUCAGCACGCAGUACGUGACACUGAAAGCGCCACAAGGGCGGGCAGGAUGA